AUGGCUGCCAGCUUAGGCGCAACGUCGCUGGACAAUCUACACCACGAGGGACUAGAUGAGCUUGCAAAUGUCUACCCUGCCGGCGCUGAUCACCAAAGGCCAUCACUAGGCGUUCCUAUUCUCGAUGCCUUGAUGGAAGUUUUCAUGCUGAGGACUGUAGGCCCUGCGCCAGAGUACCAUCCUCACACCCAGCAGAAUCAAACACAGUCCAUACCACAGCUUGAAGACCUAGAGUCAGUGCAAGAACUGAUUCAGUCGGAUGAUGAUGAGAUGCUUCUCGCUGAGGACUAUGAUAAUGAGGCUCUUUUAUCGGACGAACAACAAGUGCCCGCUUUGCUUUUCUCCGGGUCUGCCCACAGGAGCCAUCGACCAAUGCCUGUGCUAGAGAUCUCGAGUAGUCUUUCAGGCGCUGGAAAAUCGCAACUGCUUUAUUAUCUGACUGCUCUUGCGGUCCUACCCCGGGAAUAUGGUAAUACCCAUAUUGGUGGACAAGAUGCAGCGGUCGUUUUCAUUGAUGCGGAUGAUCGCUUUGAUGUGCAAAGGCUACAAGCCGUAGCUCGAGGUAUCAUACUAAAUGCAGAGCAGUCCCAGCCAGAAACAGAGCAGGAUUCAGAGAAAACAACUGAGAAUGUAAAGCUAUCGAGGGAUGACCUCGAGUCAAUGCUCUUCUCUGCAUUCAAGCACAUCCACAUCCUCCGGCCGCAGUCAUCAUCCGCUCUACUGGCUACUCUUGCUACGCUGGAUACGUAUCUAUAUGAUAUUUCUCAACACCACUCUGCACCACGUCCCCUUCAAAUGCUUGCAAUCGACAGCAUGACAGCAUUCUUCUGGCAAGACAAACUCCGCGACAAUCUCGCCCGAGCAGAGGAUCUCGGUCGAUCAAGGGAAGAGAACGAUAAAUUAAGAGAGCAGAAUCAGAGCUUCCACUUUGUUGAUCUUUACGCAGAAAUAGCCAAGAAGCUGAAAAGGCUACAGGCGCGUUUCGGAUGCACAGUUGUAUACACGACAACAGUCUCCGGGCCUCGACCGAAUAAGACUACAGCUGACCAGACUGGUCAACUGGGUCCUUAUGAUGCCCCUCCUUCUCGCACACCGGCCCUACUUUCUGCUCUCCCAGCGCCGUGGGGUACAUUUCCUCUUCUCCGAUUAGUAGUGCAGAGGGAUUUGAUUCGCGCCUUUCCGCCGACAAUGAGUACGAAUGAUGCGAAGAAGGAUGCUCCUAUGCGCCAGGUUGUUGUUCGUCGUGGAAACUUCUCGGCUUAUGUUAAUUCUUGGGGAAGGGAAGAAUGGCCAAGUCGAGUGGUUGAUGGUCUUAGGCCAUAUGGUGAUGGGAGCUUCCCAUUUUACGUUCGUGAAGAUGCUAUUGAGAUACCACUUCCUGGAUCGUAA